CGCUCCUCUCACAGAGCAGAGAGUCCGGUUCUCCCAGCUCACAUGUGGACAGAGCUGCCUGCUCAGGCCUCCAGGAUGACCGUCCCUGCCUCCUGGGUCCACCCCCCUCCUUGCCUGCUGCUGACUCUACUGCUGGGACUCACAGGAGGGGCAGGUGAGAAGGAGCUGCAGGUGAUUCAGCCUCAGAUGUCAGUGUGGGUCGCAGCUGGAGAGACGGUCACUCUGCCCUGCACCAUGACCGCCCUGCUCCCUGUGGGGCCCACCCGGUGGUUCAGGGGGACAGGGCCAGGCCGGGAGCCAAUCUACAGUUUCAAAGUAAAUGAGGGAGCCCGCUUCCCUCGAGUAACAACUGUUGCAGACACCACAAAGAGAAACAACACAGACUAUUCCAUCCGCAUCAGUAACACCACCCCCGUAGACACUGGUACCUACUACUGUGUGAAGUUCCAGAGAGGAGACGCUGACGACGUGGAGUUUAAGUCUGGAGCAGGCACUCGGCUCACAGUGAGUGCCAAACCCUCUCCCCCCGUGGUAUCGGGCCCCACGGGGAGGGCCCCACCUAAGCAGACAGUGAGCUUCACCUGUGAGUCCCACGGCUUCUCCCCCCGAAACAUCACCCUGAAAUGGUUCAAAGAAGGGAAUGAGCUCCCGGCCUCCCAGACCUCCGUGGACCCAGAGGGAGACAGCGCUUCCUACAGCGUCUCCAGCACAGCCAGGCUGGUGCUGGCCCCGGGGGACGUUCGCUCUCAGCUGGUCUGCGAGGUGGACCACGUCACCCUGCGGGGGGGCCCUCCUCUUCGUGGGACUGCCAACCUGUCUGAGACCAUCCGAGUUCCACCCACCCUGGAGGUUACCCAACACCCUGUGGCAGGGAACCAGGUGAACGUCAUCUGCUGGGUGAAGAAGUUCUACCCCCGGCGCCUACAGCUGAGCUGGUUGGAAAACAGAAACUUCUCCCGAUCAGAAACGGCCACGACCCUCACAGAGAACAAGGACGGAACCUUUAACGGGAUGAACUGGCUCCUCGUGAAUUUAUCUGCCCACAGGGAGGACGUGGUGCUCACCUGCCAGGUGGAGCAUGAUGGGCAGCCGGCGGUCACCAAACACCUUACCCUGGAGGCCUCUGUCCACCAGAAGGACCAGGGGUCAGACACAAAUACUGGCUCAGCAAUGUCUAAAGGUUUUCUCAUCGCUUUCCUCCUGGGCCCCAAGUUGCUGCUGGCAGUAGGUGUCUCUGCCAUCUAUGCCCACAGGAAGCUGAAGGCCUGA